CGAAGCUCAAAAUCGUGAGCAGAAAUAUGAAUCACCGAAGCUCGUCGAGAUCGAAGUCGAACGUGAGCAGAAAUGUGGUGAAGAGAAAUAUGAAUGCGUACAGAUUUCAGAUUCGUUCUAGUAGACGAGGAGUCGAGGUGUGCAGGUUCAAUCUUUCUAAUAUAGUAUAGAGUCUCGUGGCCCAAUCUAUCUUUCUCAGGUCAUUCGAUGUGUCGUCCUACUUCGAGUUUCAUUUUGCGCCAUGGCUGUUCCUUCUUUCGGUAAAACUUCGGUUUGGAUUUUCAUUUCUAGUCACGCUAACGUUAAUGUUAGAACUUGUGCGUUUCAACUUACCUAGACUUAGUUCAUGAGCUACAACAUCGUUCUGAAUAGAAGUAACAAACAAAUUCGUUGAUAGUCGUUGAACUGUGUCCACCGGGUUUGCAGAGAAAUAUUGUGCUAUUCUUUUAGAGCAAAGCAAAGAUUAGAAUUUUGAUCGUAUGGGGAGGGCUAGCUGAGCAGGAUAGAGAAUCUCGAUUUCGAUAUCUGUUUGCGUAUCGCGGUUUUACAGCGUUAGCGCUCGUUGUUCGAUUGGCUAAAGCAACACACAAAACCAAACAGAUUCCACAGUUGGGGCAAAGGAUGGGGUAGUGGAGUAGGUAGCUUAGAUGUCCACUGCGCCCUGAUGCCCCAACAGACUCAACGACGUUCUCUAUCUGUUACUAGCUUGGUUCUUUUUUGGCGGGGUUUUAAAUAAGAAGGGCAACGAUAAAGAUGUCGCUAGUGCGUGACUCCUAAUGUUCAAGAAGGCCUUUUUACGUUGUGAAGUACUUCUUUACAAAUGGACCCAAAAUAGGAGACCUAAGGUUCGGGCGUGAAUUUCUUCACCCAGCUUCUGCUCCCUUCCUUGAGUUGCUGCGGUGUUGAAGUUUAUGCCUAUGCUCGACUGCGCGGGAGGGUUUUUGCCUUACCCCUCUAAGGUCUCGGGGAUCACGCUGCCACACUGU